AGAACGGCCCAUUGGCGCGCAUGCGUUCCUCGAUGUAUGUCAAGGCACAAAAGUGGCGCUAUAUCGUUUCAACCUACUCAGGUGGUAGCAGCCUAAAUGGACGGGGAACACCAGGAAGAGAAUCCUUCACAUGAGAAAGAAAAUGAAGAGAAGACUUCAUGUGAUGUGGAGAAGACUUUAUGUGACAUGGAGAGAGCUUUAUGUGACAUAAAGAAGAGUGCUGAAGAGAGCAUUUCAAGUAAUGACGAGAACAGUUCAGAUGAUGAAGUUGGACAAAGACUGGAUUCAAAAGUUCCAAGUAGCUCAGGCCCUCUUCUAUCUAAUGCAGAACGCUCCUGUGAUAAUGAAUCUGAGCCGUUGCCCCAAAAAACCCCACAAGCUAAAAAACCUCAACGCAAGAAAUUCGCGCCACGGAAAGGUACAAGGUCAAGCUUACGUUCUAGCACAAAAAUGACAGUCAGCACAUGUAGUAUGACAGAUGAUGGUAAAAGAAAAUGGGACAAAAAGCACUUCUGCCUGUAUUGCAAUGAACCACACCACAAAAUUUCAAGACAUUUAGAAAGGAUACACGCAGAAGAAGCAGCUGUCGCUCAUGCUAUGAGCUUCCCCAAACUCUCCAAAAUCAGGUCUCUUUUGCUUGACCAACUCCGUAACAAAGGCAACUAUCAAGUUCUUCAAAGUGGAGAUGGUGAAAUUGUGACUAAGGAUAGACCCUCUUACGAUGGUGUUUCUGUGCGUGACUGCCUGCCCUGCCAACACUGCUUAGCUUUUUUCAACAAAAUAGAUUUAUGGAAGCAUGAGGGCUCAUGUAAAGCCAGAAAAGGACAAGAUGAAAAGAGGGGAGGAAAAAGAGUGCGGGUCCAGGCUGCGUCCUCUCAACUUCUUCCAUUGUCUGUCUACUCUACUGGAGGAUGUGAAGAAAUAAUACACAAUAUGAAUCAAGAUGACAUCUUAUGCCACAUCAAAAAUGAUCCCCUGAUAUGUAAAUAUGGCAAUGCACUAUCUGCAAAGCAUUGCCAUGCCAAGUCACAGUUUACAUACAUUGGAUCAAAAAUGAGGGAAUUGGCUAGAUUUGUACUUAGUGUAAAUGAGAUGGAUUGUGGUGUCCAAUAUCUGCAUGAAGUAUGUGUACCAUCCAAAUUCAAAUUGGCCGUUCAUGCUGCCAGGAAAAUGAGUGGUUUUGAUCCUGCCUCCGACAGGUACAAGACCCAAUCUCUUCCUUUAAAGAUUGGCUAUUCCUUGAAAAGAGCUACUGAAAUAGCUUUUGGGGAGAGUCGUAUGACAGAGGACCGUGAGGCAGAGGAACAAGCCAGAAGGUUCAUUGAGCUUCUUGAAAACGAUUGGAAUAACUGUUUUUCCGGUCUGUCCCUCAGUGCUGUCCCUCAGUGUGAUGAAGUUGAUGUGUCUUCACUUACUGAGGAUUUGAUUAAACUUCAGAAGUUUCUCAAGGUUGCAGAGGACACAGCAAAGAGAGAAUUGCUUGAGAGCCCCACCAACGCUGUCUGGAAAAAGCUCAAUGAAACUCUUCUUGCCGAAAUAGCUCUCUUCAACAGAAAAAGGACAGGAGAGGUUGCGAAAAUGCUGUUGGAAACAUACACAAACAGAAAGAAAGCUCCAGCUAGUGCAGACAUUUUCAAUAGCCUCUCAAGGCUGGAGCAGGAGCUUGGUGACGACAAACUAACCAGGGUGGAAAUAGAAGGCAAAAAUGGUAGAACAAUGCCAGUCCUACUAACGGCGAGGAUGAUCUCAUCUCUUGAGAUCCUAAUUGCAAACAGAGACAAAGUUGGUGUGUCAAAGGACAACCCUUAUGUCUUCGCGCGGAGCCCAGAUGCAGCAAGCUACGUCAGAGGGUCCGACUGUCUGAGGAAAUUUGCUCAUGAGUGUGAUGCAAAGAAUCCUGAAAGUCUGAUCCAUGCGACAGUGAGGAAAGAGGUUGCUAUCCAUUGCCAAAUACUGAACUUAAAUGAAAGUGAAUUGGAUCAGGUGGCAAAAUUAUUGGGACAUGACACCCAGGUCCACAAAGAGUACUACAGACUCUCUGAAAACGCAGCACAUCUAGCAGAAAUCAGCAAAUUGCUGCUUGCAAUGGAUCAGGUUCCAGUUGUAAUUCCAGGGCCAUCUGAGGAAAGGAUUGUUUCACCUACAUAUGGGGCAUAUUCUGCAGGGACAUAUCCAGUGGGAACUGAUUCUGCGAGGGCGUAUCCUACUGGCACAUAUACCACUGGGUCAUCUUAUCCUACAGCGACAUAUUCAGCCAAGUCAUAUACAUUGGGAGCACAGCCUUCAAGGUCAUAUCAUGCUGGGACAUAUCCUGAGAAGUCAUAUCCUUCAGGAUCACAUUCUGCAAGGUCAUAUCAUGCUGGGACAGAUUCUGCAAGGGUGUAUCCUACCGGGAUAAAUCCUGCUAGAUCAUAUUCUACUGUGACACAUCCUGCAGAGACCUAUCCAGCAGCUUCGUAUGCUUCAGGGACACAUCUUGCAAGUUCUUAUCCUGCAAGUCCUUAUGACCUAUCAUCUCCUGUAAGAUCAUAUGCUUCUGGGACAAAUCCUGCGAAAUCAUAUCCUGAAGAGACAUAUCCUAUGGGGACAUAUCGUGCAGGGACACAUCUUGCGGGGUCACAACUUGCAAGGUCAUAUCCUGUCGGAACAUAUCCUACACAGACACUUCCAGCGCGUACAGUUAUUACGCCAACACUUAAUGCACAGACACUUCCUGUUGGGGCAGUGCCUGUGGUUGCAGUUCCUUUGGGUGCAGUUCCUGUGGGGACAGGUUCUGUGGGGACAGAUAAGGUGGGCACAGUGUGGAAACAGAGGAUGUGGAGUGAUGCAGCUAAGGCUGCGGUGAACCGUCAGAUGGGACACUUCAUCUCAAUGAUGGAGGUUCCAGGUAAACAGGACUGUGAAGUUUGCCUGCACAAUGAACCAGCUCUAAGAGACAGGACAUGGAGGGACAUAAAAAACUAUGUGCACAACACAGUAAAAUCUAUAAAACGGAAGAAUGGCCUUACAAGAGUGGACCCCACAAAACAGACAAAGAAAGGAGCAGCAAAGAAACUAAAAGAGGCAAAGCGUGCUAAAGAAUGCGUUGGUGGAACAAUGACAGUACCUGCACAGGGUCAAGAGGACAGACUUGAGGCAGGUCCUGUGGCAACACCAAGGAAACAGAAGAUAUGGAGUAAUGAGGCUCAGGCUGCGGUGAGGCGACAGCUAGGAGACUUCACUAAACUGAUGAAGAUUCCAGGUAAAAAGGAAUGUGAUGCAUGUCUUGCAGCUGAACCAGCUCUACAAGGCAGGACAUGGAAAGAUGUAAAAAACUAUGUGCGUAAUACAUUAAUGACAAUGUGUAGGAGGCAUAUUUCAGGCAAACAAAACAUGGACCAUGAAAAACCAAGUCCAAGGACACCGAAACCAGGGGUCCAACAAAAUCCAGGGGUGCAUCAGAAACCAGGGACGCUGUUGGGACUUCCAGAAGAUCCUCCUGUUUAUCUGUAUUUAUGAUUACCUUGAACUAGUUUUAAAAAGCUUUUGAUUUAAUCUGACAUCCUUGCUCAUUCUGAUCUCACUUUGUAACAUAAAGCAAGAAUGUAGAACCAUUUUAAGGAUAUAAUAUCACUACGUACUUUAUUCUACAAAUGUAUCCAUAGCAACUAGGCUACAUAGUGACGUAGUAUACAUAUAAACUUGUUUAGCUGACUUUUACGUACAUUUUCUGAGCUUCUUUUUAACUGCAACAUUAAUUUUGGCACGAUGUAUUGUGAUGCCCAAAUUAAUAAUCCUUUGGCAUGAGCUACACCAACGAUGUAUCUAAACCCUGGAUUGCAGAUGCUAUGUAUUGUCCUUUAAGAGGCUUUGAAGACACUGGUUGGCCUUGUUGGCACUCCCCACUAGGUGUAGUCCUCCAUAGGAAUGACUGGAAUUCUACAGUAUUUUAAUCAAAUGUUUCAAGGACAAAAUUACAUGUAUUUUGUUGUUGUAGUGAGGACAGUAACAUUAGUACUCUAAAAUACUUUAAGGAAAUUUUGUGUAUUUUUGCCUGUACCAUUGUAUGUGUAGCUAAUGUUUUUGUCUAGGUUAGGUUUUGAGUUAAAACAACUGUUCAGCAAACCUAGGUUUUGGUGGGUUAGGCUAUUCCUGGUAGAAUGGGUUAAAGUACUACAUUUGUGUCCAGGUUAGAGAGUAUGGUUUGAUGUUUGAGCCGCUUGAAAUCGACCAAUCACGUCAAGAAAAAUGUUUCUUUGGCUGUUCUAGAAUUAUACUGUACGAAAAUAUUAGCGCAGCUUGUUAAGUGUUGGUCCCAUGAGCUAAAAUAGAAGAUGCCAGAAAUUUUCCAUAAGCACAAAAACCUUCUUUCUCUCAAAUGUUGGGCACAAAUUACUUCACAGCCCUGUUAGUAAGCAUUUCUCCUUUACAUUACGACUUACAGUAAGGAGUGUAUACAUUUCAAUAUUUGUUCAUACUGGUCCCACGUGGGACUCAAACCCACAACCCUGGCAUUGCAAGUGCCAUGCUCUACCAACUGAGCCACACAGGACCUCCUUUACCAAGAUAACCCAUCCACCUGACAGGUGUCGCUCUCCCAGACUGCAAAGAACCUUGGCGUGACCCUGGACAACACCCUGUCGUUCUCUGCAAAUAUCAAAGCAGUGACCCGCUCCUGCAGGUUCAUGCUCUACAACAUCUCUGUACAUUACGACCCUAUCUAACACAGAAAGAGGUGCAGGUCCUAAUCCAGGCACUUGUACUCUCCCGUCUGGACUACUGCAACUCGCUGUUGGCUGGGCUUCCCACUUAACCCAUCAAGCCCCUGCAACUUAUCCAGAACGCUGCAGCCCACCUGGUUUUCAACCUUCCCAAGUUUUCUCAUGUCACCCCACUCCCUCCGCACAUUCCGCUGGCUUCCAGUCAAAGCUCUCAUCCACUACAAGACCAUGGUGCUUACCUACGGAACAGCAAGAAAAACUGCCCCUCUACCUUCAGGCUAUGCUCAAACCCUACACCCCAAACCGAGCACGCCGUUCUGCCACCUUUGGUCUCUUGGGGCUCCCAGCUCAGCCCAAUUCAAGUUCUUCUCUGUCCUGGCACCCCAGCUUCCCCUUGAAGCUAGGCCAGCAGAGUCCGUCACCCCCCCCCAGAGGAAAAAUGCACUUUCUAUGCCUGUGAUGUGGUUGUCCCACCUAGUGCAUUCAUCUUAUGAUAGCUAACUGUAUGUCGUUCUGGAUAAGUGUCUGCUAAAUUACUAAAAUGUAAACAGCAUGAUCAUUACUCAGAUGCACCUUGUACUGGGGAAAUGAAAAGGCCACUUGAUAAUGUGCAGUUUUGUCACAACACAAUGCUACAGAUGUCUCAUGUUUUGAGGGAGUGUGGAAUUGGCAUGCUGACUGCGGGAAUGUCCACCAGAGCUAUUGCCAGAGAAUUUAAUGUUAAUUUCUCUACCACAAGCCGCCUCCAACGUUGUUUUAGAGAAUUUGGCAGUACGUCCAACUGGCCUCAGAACUGCAGACCAUGUGUAACCAUGCCAGCCCAGGACCUCUGCAUCCAGCUUCUUAUGCACUUAUACAGCUAGUUGAGUGCAGUCUUAGUGCCAGCAUCGGUUUGUGGUGGUAAAUAGAUGGCUACGAAUAAUAUAGAUGGGAACUCUCUUGGUAGAUAGCGUGGUCUACAGCUUAUCAUAAGGUACUCUACCACAGGCGAGAAAUACCUCGAGACUUCUUUAAUAUUAGACAUCGCGCACCAGCUGUUAUUGACAAGUAGACACACACCCCUGCCCCUCGUCUUACCAGAAGUAGCUGCUCUGUCCUGACGAUGCACGGAAUACCAAGCCAGCUCUAUAUUAUCCGUGUCGUCGUUCAGCCAGAACUCGGUUAAACAUAAGAUAUUAGUUUUUAAUGUCCCAUUGGUAGGAUAGUCUUGAUCGUAGAUCAUCCAGUUUAUUCUCCAGUGAUUUCACGUUGGGCAGUAGGACGGAUGGUUGUGGCAGUUUACCCACUUGCCGUUGAAUUCUCACAAGGCAGCUCGACCUCCUCCCCUGUAUCUCCGUCUUUUCUUCACGCGAAUGACAAGAAAAAAUGUAUUCCCUCCCAGGCCCACCCAUGGCUGUGCCCCUGCCCAGUCAUGUGAUAUCUGUAGAUUUAUUUGCUUAUGAAUUUUAACUCAGUAAAAUUAUUCAAAUUUU